GGAGAAGUUCGCCUUGCCAAGGUCAAGGAGCCGGAUGCUGAAUCAAGUGCUCCAGCUGGUGUUGCUAUUCCCUGGUGGCAUCAUAUUGAUUGCUUUCUGGAAAACCGUGUAUCUUUGGAGGUUGACUCUUCUGUGACAGCUGAGUCAUUCUCUGGAUUCACUAUCUUGAAGAAGGAAGACAAAGACUUGUUGAAGAGCAAACUGGGAACAGUGAAAUUGAAGAAGGCUGGGAAAGGGAACAAAAGAAAAGCACAAGCAGUGGAUGAAACAGAUGCUAAACAAACAAAGACAGCAGAGGAAGAUGAAUGUGAGAAAAAGUUGAAGGUCAGUCCUCCUUGGCCCAUGGACCCUCAAACUCAAACUAGUAUUUCUCCCAUCUGACUACUUCACAUUUUGUUGUAAAUUAGACAGGAGAAUUUGGUGUUGCAUGAAGAUUUCACACUUCAGCUGAUAAGCCUGUCUUUUUUCAUCAUCUGUUUGUUAUUAACAUGCUGCAAUUAGAAGGAGAAGUUACUCUACAUGUCUGUCACAUAUUGGAGUUGAAGGUUUAAAUGGAUGAGUGGGCACACAAGAUUUCCUUAUGACUGAAUUUUGUCAACAAACUUUGUUUUGGGUAAAGUGUCUUAAAUCUCACAGUUUGGCAUUUAAAAGAAGAAGAGGCAGAAACUUUUCCAGUUUUUCUGUAAUUGAAUUGUUUGUUAACUCCCAUAAGUGACCAAGACUGAAUUUCUCCUUACAAUAUCAAUACAAUAUCAAGCAGACAAGUGAUCAGAAUAAAGAAAAAUAUUGAUUAGGAGAUUAUUAGUUGAUCCAAUAAUAAUUUCUCCAAACUAACAUCACAAGAACUAUGUGGCAGACAGUAAGGAGAAUUAUGAAUGAGAUUUUGGGAGUUAAAGGUUUAACUAUGUUUUCUUUCACCAGGAACAAAGCAAAUUGGUAUGGAAAAUACGAGAUGAUUUGCAAAAGAACUGCUCCUUGCCAGAGCUGAGAGAAAUGUUGGAAGACAAUGGACUCAGUUCGCAAGGAGGGGAAAGCUCUGUAAGUUGACUGUAUGCACAUAUGUCUUACAUCAACAGACCCUUGUUAUUUAGCUUUGUCUUCAAAAUAUUUUUUCUUUGUAGCUUCUUGACAGAUGUGCUGAUGGAAUGACAUUUGGACGACUACUACCAUGUGAGGAAUGCAAAGGAGGUCAACUUGUGUACAGGUCUUUUAUAAAAAUACUCAAAUAUGAUUUUUAUCCACCAUGUUAUUAUCAAUGGCCAUUAUUGCUUCCAUGCUAAUAUAACAGAUUUUCAUGAAAGGUCACAAAGUCUGUAAUUUUUUCUGUAAUUAUCAAUUAAAAGAAGUCUCCUACAUGCAUAAAAAUCCCUUGUUCUUGUGAAGUGGUUGUGCUAAAUCUCUGAGAUGAAUGUAAAUUUGAAUGAAAGUAUUAACCCUUUACACCCUAACAUCAUAACCAGUAUGCAUAUUCUCCUUACUGUUCUCUAUACAUUUCCUUGGUUCUAACAAGGAGAAUUUGUAAAACCAUUAAGAGCUUCGUUAGUUUCUGAUCAUUUCCUUUAUUCUCAUUACUUAAACAUUUGAUUCAAGGGAUAGAUUGUAAAAAGAGAAAUUAGAACCUUGUCACUCUUAGGGAUUAAAGGGUUAAAUAAUAUUGAUCUCUGCCUAAAUAGUACAGCAGUGUUUUCUCUAAAGAAGUUUUUUUUUAAAAUUUUUUUUCUAUUGUGUAGUUUGGGUGUCAAAAGAGGCUGGUGGGAUAAAGCAGUCAAUGAACAAAUUUAUGGGAAUUUGGGUGGUUUGUGUGAUCCAGAAUUAAAUAUCUCCUGAUGUUAGAUUUUAGAGGUUGGCUUUUUUGUUGUAAUACAGCAAACACAUUUUUUGUUAGAUGUAACAAAUAAACUACUUUCAGUGAUAUAAAAAAUUUGUGCAAUUUAUUUCAAAACACAUCUCAUGACCCUAUCACUUUUUUUGUUUAAUAUUUAUUUUGUUUCUAUUUGUCUUUUUAGGACAGAAGGAUAUUGUUGUACGGGAAAUUUAACUGGCUGGACCAAAUGCACCUUUGUAACAAAACAACCCAAGCGGGAAAAGUGGAAUGUUUCAAAAGAGUUAAAGGAAGAAUCAGACUUUUUGUGAGUGCAAUGAUUUUUGUUUCAAUAACUUUAAUUCAUUAUUGAGUGGAAAUUUUAUGGGAACACAAGUGUGUUACAUUUACAAUCAGAGGUAAAUUCUAACUCUUCAAUUGAUUGUUUUGUAGGAAAAACUUCAAAUGCAAGAAGAGAGAGAGGAUCUUUCCUAAAGUGCCCACUGCUCCUGCUGUUACACCAUCCAAAGCAGUAAUCAAAUCAGAGUUGUCUCCUUCAAUGUGAGUCUCUUGGGGCCCAUUUCUCAAACUUCCCAGUAACUUAUCUGGCCCAAAGCCAUAUUUCAAGAUCAAAAUUUAAUGAAUAGAGAAGCAGGUUAUAGCACUCUAACCAAUCCAUCUUGUUUCUUGAGCUGAUAGUUUUAUUUUGUGAUUUUCAAAACUUUUGAAACCCCUAUCUUGAAUAAAAACAGAGGAGCUUUACAGGCCCGUAAGUUACAAGGACCUUUGAGGAACUGGCCAAGGUCUUAGCAACCCUUUUCAGUGUUACUUUAAAUCACAACAUUUUGUCACUCAGCUUUUGUAUCACUGUGCUCAAAAAUUCUCAAAGGAUCCAGGUGUAAGUCAAGAUUUGUGCAUACUAAUGAAUUUAGUAUGGCUUUAUCCAGGGGUUUGAAAAAACCCAGUAAACAGCAGUCUAUUGCUGCCUGUAACACCUCUCACCACCAUAUGCAAGCACUGGCUCUUGUGUUUGGGUUUCACCUUAUGGCACAGGUGCCUAUUGCACUAUCGGCAGCCACUUGUGGAAAAAGUCAUUGAGACCCCUGCCAAUCCAGUGAAUAUCAGUCUCCCACAUCCCUAACAGGUCACUGUCCUACUUUGUUUAUCCUUUCAUUUUGAAGUUUUUCUUUCUCACCAUUCUGUUCUUCUGUUCCCCCCCCUCCCCCCUCAUCCUUGGAGGUUCGAAAUUCUAUGGCUUUAUUGUCAGUGCACUGUACUUGGGGUGAAUAGGUGUGGUUCCUAAACCCCAGCUGGAUCAUUGCAUCGUGCGCUUGGGCAAGAUGCCUUAUUUACAGUCUCUCUCUCUCCACUCUCCAGGAGUGGAGGAGGGUAUAACAGAACUGACAAAAUGCUGGGGGUAAUGGUUAUUGUAGAAAGUGGUGGGGUUUAUCAUCUUGGGAUAAGCAUCUAGCAGUUAUCAGCCAGCUAGUGUAGAACCAAUGACUUAGCCUUAUACUGAAGGUCAAUUAACUUGAUAGCUGAUUUAAAGGGUAAAUCAAUUGAUACUGGUGCCAUUUUAUCAUAUUGCAGGGCUCCUCCACUUUCUGCAGCAGCAUCUGAUAAACCACUAUCCAAUAUGAAAUUUGUUUUAAUUGGCAGACUUCAACAAAGCAAGGUACGUGAUGAGUGUCUAACCAUUUGACUUUUGAUGCUACUUGGUUCAUACUUCAGGGAUAAAAGUACAUGCAUAUAUUAAUACACUGACAAUUAUUUGUAACACACUUUUUUAAGGAGAAAAUCAUUAAGAAAGUAGAGGACCUAGGAGGAUCAGUGGUGGAGAAGGUUAAUGCCCUUUCGGAUUGCUGUAUUAGCACUCAAGGUAAAAAAAUUACAGUGCUGAAAAUUUGACUCUGCAAUGUUACCAGCAUCAUUUCAUUACUAAGAAGACAUUUUCAAGGUCAGCAAGAUAGUUAUUCUCUAGAGGUACAAUUUUGCUAGCAGAGUGCAACUUGAAGGUGUAACCUGCAAGAAUGCUCUCACUCAUUAUCAGUAAUUCAGCAAGCACAUUCUUCUGCUCGCAGGAAGAUUUGAGACAAGUUAAGGAGACAUUUGCUGGAGGUCUGGCACUAUAGUGCUAGACCCCUAGCAGACCAACUCACCUUGAUCAAGACCUCAUAUUUUCCCACAGGUGAACAAAUACUUGACAGUGCAGAAGCAUUAACUAUGUGGUACUGCUUGCAGGCUAUUGAGGUUUUGAUGCAUGCAAUCUGUGUUCUUGCAGCUGAGGUGGAUAAGAAAAGUAAAAAGAUGAAAGAUGCUGAGAAGUAUAAUGUGCCAGUUGUCAGUGAAAAAUAUUUGGAUGCUGUCAAAAAGGGAGGGGCUAAGCUGAUGAUCACACAACACAGUAUUGUACCAUGGGGAGAUAAAAAGGUUUGCUGUUGUCUAAAAUUGAUCUCAUGGUAAUAUUAGUUUGUUGUUUAUCUUAAACUAGUUUGUUAAAUCUGCCUUGCUAAAACUAGUAAAUUUUUAGGAAAUCAAUGGCUGGCAUAAAGAGUUUUUGUUCUGCUUUUAAUUUCACCUUUUAAAAUUGUGUUCUUAAGCUAUGGUUCUCGUUUUUUCUAGUUUUAUAUUUUCUCUUGUUUCUUUAAUUUUCUUUCCACCACAAAAAUCAAUACUGCAAAUUCAAAUUGGUACCUGGAAUGGUGAACUAAGAGCCACAACAUGGAGGCAUUGCUAUUGAAAUCCUCUUUAUCAGUUCAUUUAUUUAUUUCUGAACCAUUUAUUUAUUUUUUUUAUCUAUGUCUCCAUUUUAUUCCUCAUCUGAUUUGUUUUCUAGGGUAAAAGUAUGGUUGAUGGUUCUCCUCCUCCAUCAGAAGCCAAAUCAAAGAUAAAGAAAAGUGCUUCAGAAGGUAAUGAUCAUUUUACAAAUUUUCACUGUUAGUGCAACUGUGCAACAGUGCAGCUACAACAAUUUUUGAAUAAUGCAAGAUAAAGCUUGGAUCGAUUCUCUUUAAGGCUCAGAGUGAUUUAUUAUUUGGGUUAGAUUAGAGCAGUCGUCACCUUAAAUUACCGAUCUGUGUGGUUGUUUGUAAUUGGUGUGAGACAACUUGGUUCUGACGACUUGAAAGCACGCCUCAAAGUCAUUAUAACGUUCGCACAUGCGCUGACGUUUUACCACUGUGUAUACAACAUCUUUACAACACCAUAGCUCGAUUUCAACCAGGGCUUCAUUUGAUAUCGCCUGUCAUUUUGAAUUUUUUUAACUAAAAUUCAUCAGGUGGUGGUGCUGCCAAGAAGAUGAAGGUUGCCGUCAAAGGUGGAGCAGCAGUUGAUCCAGAGUCAGGUAAUCAGCAUCACUCCCUCUCAUCAUCAUCAUCUCUGGCGUCUCUCUAAAGCUGAUCUUUCUCACGUCCUUUUCCCAGGGCUUGCGUGAAAUUGUUCCCCACUUAUCUCUGGCUCGGACCAUCUCCUUUCACUCCACUAAAGACAUCCCCGGCCACACCCUCGUGUCAAGCUUACCACUCUCCCUCCUUCCAGACUUGGUUCCCCUCCCCCCUCUUCCGCCUUAGAUCCUAAUAUCAAUUCUCCUUCCUGUCCACCAUACAUUUCUUACAAUUUUAGCCUUGAGAUUUUGAUGUUAGAUCAAUAAAUUCUCCCCUAGUAAAUAUUUUUCUUCAUUCUCACCACUCUAUUCUCGGCAAAUGUAUGGGAGUGGUAAGGAGAAAUUACGUGUGGGUCAAUCUUGGGAGUGUGAGGAUGGAAGCUUAAUUUGGACAUAAGUUCUUGAAAUUAAUUAACCUUUGGAUAUUCGUAACACCAAGUCUUCCAGCCUCCGUGUAAGUAUCAUAAUGCGGUCCCUCUCACAUUCCGUGUAUUUACACUGAAUGUCAAGUAAGGAGUACUUUACUGCUGUGUAGCUUUUGUAAACUUUACAUGCGGUCCUUGUCAUAACAAACUUUGACAACAUACCUGUGUACAACAAUUUCCGAAUCACCGACAAUUCACUCCCGAUGAAGUGACCUCGAGUUCAAGAUGAUGAGAAUUGCGGAUCAAUAUCAGUAUCUGGGCAACUGCCCACCUACCCCUCCCCUAAACCAACAACAGUCAAUUGAUAACAAGUUAGGGUGAAUGUUGGGUUAGGGGAGGGGUAGGUGGGCCGUUGCCCAGAUACCGAUAUUGAUCCAGAAUUGCAAGGUAUUCCGAGUUCAAGUUGCUUGAAAUACGUUGUGGAAAUGUUUUGAUUUCUGUGUUUCAGAGAUGGAGGAUACGUGCCAUGUGCUAGAGGAGAAAGGAGACAUUUACAGUGCCACCCUCGGCUUAGUGGACAUUGUCAGAGGAACAAACUCUUACUACAAAUUGCAAAUUUUACAAGCUGAUAACGGAAAAGCGUAUGUAUACCUCAUUUAUUUUAUUGUUUAGAUUGGCUAGUUAAUUUUCAUUUUGACGUCAUUUGUGGUCUGUCACUGAACAGACGCACACCAAAAUGGAUUCUAUUCGUUAAACGUGCUUUCUUAUCUCUUUGAAUGUUACAGUUGUCAUAUUUUUCGAUCAUGGGGAAGAGUUGGAACAACUAUCGGGGGAAACAAAUUAGAGGUACUUUUGUAACUAUUAAGAAGGCAAACCCUAAAGAAAUAUGUGUAACAUUUGUCACUAGUCUGGUGAAGAUGCUGUCUUCCGCGAGGCUUUUGUUACGUUCGAGCCCUUCCAUGAAGUAUGGGCACCAGGAAACACAAGGAGUUCGCCACUAAGCGUCUGAACUCUUUGAAUUUUCCUUACGACAAAACAUGUUUCUUCUCAGAAAAAAUCGCGCUGUGAGUCAGGCAAAUAUCUUGCCAGAACUUGCAUAUUCUUGAGUAAAUCCAGUAACUUACAGGCCGCUUUGAGAUCGUUAACUUUCAAGUUGGAAUUUUUCUCUUUUACAAGAUGAAGUCGAUUCCCUUACAAAUCGAAAGACGCUCUGCUCCUAGACUAAGCGCAAAAAGACAUCCUAGAUUUUUUUGCGGUAUGAUUCUGAAACAAGCGGGUUGCAGAACUUCUCAGCAAUCCAGUCAAUAUGCUGUGUCCAAACAAUUCUAUCACAACUUUUUUUUUAUUCCACCUUGUUUCUCGGUCUGUUUGAUUCCUAACAUACAAAUUCUUCAUUAUUAUUCUCCGUAUCCCAAAGAAAUCUAACUGAAUGAAUAUAAAUAAAAUUAGAAUAACAAUUUCAAAAUCUUGAGAACAGUGAAUGUUGCAAGCCAAUCAAAUUUACUGAUAUUGUUUCUUCCACUGAAAAUGGAAACUAUUUGUGUUUUUUAGCGUUGCGGAUCGCCAAGGUCAGCCAUCGAAAAAUUCAUGGAACUCUAUGCUGAAAAAACAGGUACACUUCUCAUUCAACUCUUCUCCACAUGUCUACAUAUUGAAAUAUUAACAUGAAAAAUUGCUCUGCUGUGUUGUCUCUGUGUAACCUGCAGGAAACAGUUGGCUGAAUAGAAAGAAUUUUGUCAAACACCCAAAUAAGUUCUACCCAUUGGAAAUUGACUAUGGACAGGUACGUGUGUAAACCGUUGCCCAGAGAGAUUUGGGUACGAGAUUAGUAUGUGUGUAGUGGGCGCAAAUACGUAUUGAUACAGUUAUGGUGGAACUUUUUUAAGGUUUGUGUACUUAUUUACCCUUUUUGUACAGGAUGACGAAGAGUUAAAGACAACCAUUGCAGCCGGAAGUAAAUCCUUGCUACCUAUGCCUGUCCAAGAACUUAUUAAAAUGAUAUUCGAUGUGGAAUCCAUGAAGAAGACGCUGGUAGAGUUCGAAGUGAGUCAGAAUUUUAACUGUAGUAAGAAUUCUGAUUUUUUUUUUACUUUGGGACUGCUGUGAGCACCAAGAUGAACUAAGACGAAUGCUUUGAAAGCAGUGAGAAACAUAUAGAACAUGGACGUGUUCUUUUAUCUUUCUUUCAGAUCGAUUUGAAGAAAAUGCCAUUGGGAAAACUAACAAGACGACAGAUUGAAAGUGCGUAUUCUGUUCUGGGAGAGGCGCAGAAAGUAAGUGAUAUAUUCUCUUGUGUUUUUGUGAACGUGUAUACCAUCAAUAACUGAAUAAUUGCCGCUGAUAGUGCCUAGAUGCAAAGGCGCAGAUUGACUUGAAAAAUGAAAGAAAACAUUCAAGUUCACUGUUUACAAUCCACUGAAAUCUACUAAAACCUUGACAUUAUCAUUCAAUUUGUGUCAAGAGAAUUUGCCUUCCCUAGACAGUAACUUUUCUCAGGCUUUCAAGUUUUCCUUCCGUUAAAGUCAAUUCCAACGUCAAAAUCCCAAUUCAAAUCAUUAUGACGUGGCUUCCUUACAGUUGCUCACAACUUCCGUAUUUUAGUUUUGCCUUUUUAACUUUAGGAUGACAUCUUUUAUGUUUAAAAAGUUUGAACGAUAUUUAACAAUUAAGCUGGUUGUUCUCUAGAUUGUACGCAGUGCAAAUUACAGCAUGUUGCUUUCAAUGGAGUAUUUGGUUUCGCUUACUAGUAAAUCUUUUGAUUAUCUCCUGCCAGUUAAUUUCAGAUGGAGGUAGCAGCAAUUCUCUUCUGGAUGCGUCAAAUAGAUUCUAUACCCUGAUCCCGCACGACUUUGGUAUGAAGAAACCCCCCCUCUUGGACAACUUGGAACUAAUUCAGGUAAAAUGGGGGGCGCAUGUUUGAGAUUUUUCUUCCGCCCUGGGGAAUGACAGAAAUGUCUCAGCCUGUGUGAGAAGAUGAACCAAGCACUUUUUAACAAAGAAGUUUAACACUCUCUCGGAGAAUGCCCAAAGCCGUAGCUUUUUCAUAUUUACUUUCUUUAACUCGCUGUUUUUUCAAAAGCCCUUGUUGCAAGGAAUUAAAGAGGUAACUUGUCAGAUGGCAUCGAUUGGGGGAAGGGUGUUAAUAAAUUUUGCUUUUGCCUCGUGCACUGAUGAUUUUGAGAAGGGACACAAUUUCUCUACAGAAUUGUAAAGUGUCGCAUGAGGCACCAUUCUCGACUGACUAAUACCACCGCGGUAAAAAAAAAAAAAAGCCAAUCAGCUCCUCCGAAUCAGUCUUGCAACAUCCCACUGUUAAAAAAUCUCAACUUGACUCUGAUAAUAACUUCCGAUCAGAUGUUCGAAACCUCAGUAACUAUUCCCGCAAGGAGUCCUUUUCAGGACCACACUCACCUGGACGAUUUGAGCGUUUUAGCGAAUGGCAAAACUGUGUUCCAGUUUCCCUCAUGUUAGCUCUGACUGUUGUUUCUUUUAUUUUGCUGAAGGCUAAAGUGGGAAUGUUAGAUAACUUACUCGAUAUUGAGGUGGCUUAUAGUCUGUUAAAGAGUGGUGAUGAGGACUUGGCCAAGGAUCCUUUGGACGUCAAUUAUGAAAAAUUAAAAACUGAUUUAGAGGUGAAAAAGUUAUUUCAAAUAUCAUUAAUAUAUUUUUGAGCAAUCACACCGCGCUGUGACCUCUGGGUUCUCUUCUCAGUACUGAUGUCACAUGUGGUUAAGUUUAUUCAAGCUGUUGUUUCUCGUUUUUGCUGCGAGGUUUAUCCGGGUUUCACGGAUUUCGGCCAUCCCCCAAACCAACACCCUAACCAGCACCUUGAGCAUGAUUUCGUUACUCUUAAACUCAAGGUCUUUAGUUCUUGGCUUUGUGUAGAUAAGCAAAUUAUAAUUCCUCACUUGCCAUUCAUUGUUAGUCCGUAUGGGGGGGUUAAUUUGGGCGAUCGAUGACGAUGAAGUCAGUGCAGCUGCUAACACGUGUAGCGGAGGUCAAUAUUUUCCGUCCCAAUCCCUCGGCAGCUCCGCCAAGAAAAACGCUCCAAAGAGUUCUCUAAAUCGCGGACUUCACAGGCUAAUUGUAACGCCGGUUUGAGGAGGGCUGCAAAUUAGUCGCUUUACAUUAGGUUAUUCUGUCAUGCAACAAAGCUAUGUUCAUUGGAUCUGUUCCCCGGGUCGUCUUAUUUUAAAGGGUAUUAAAGGGUUUGUUUUUUUUUUCAGGUUCUAUCUAAAGAUGGUAAGGAGUUUUCUUUGAUUGACGAGUACGUCAAAAAUACUCAUGCUGAGACACACCAACAGUACGAACUUGAAAUACUUGAGGUAAGAUAAUGUUCACUUCGUUUUAAUUGCAUUUUUCAUGCGCUAUAGUUAAAAACUGACUAUACAUAUAGUACAUUUGUUUGUUGUUUCGUUCAUUUAAAGAGCUUGUAAUUGUUCGAAACCACCUUUAAUAUGUGUCAAAGAAAAGGAGAAGAGACAGGUUAAAUUAAACGGCGCUCCUUCACAAAGCGACGUGAGGAUAAUCCAGUUAUGCAAAUCGUGUUAAAAAUCUCUCAAGCUCGGCGUUCAAGGAAAAAAGUUGAAUUUCUUUGAAGUGAAAUAUAAGGUGGAAAAUUUGUUUUUUCCAUCAGGUUUUCAAGGUAAAUCGUCAUGGCGAGAAGGAACGAUUCCAGCCUUUCAAGGAACUACACAAUCGCCGCUUGUUGUGGCACGGGUCUCGCAACACAAACUACGCUGGCAUUUUAUCUCAAGGGCUCAGGAUCGCUCCACCUGAGGCCCCAGUGGUGAGUUUCUUGUGGGUUCCAUUUGCCCCGCAGGUAGCUUAAAAUUUGAGAAAUGUUGAGAUUGAUUAUUCAACUGAGAUCUUGGUAAUAAUUUGUCAUAUUUUCUCGACGUUUUCAGACAGGUUAUAUGUUUGGGAAAGGCGUUUACUUUGCUGGUAUGUCUCAAACUUGUUAUCGUGUUAUCUGCGUUAUGGUUUUUUUUUUAAAUAGGUUGUUUUGAUAGAUGCUGGGAGAGUUUGCUUUAUCUUUUGGCCUUGGCGAAUAAGAAAACAGUUAUGACUACGAGGCAGAAUUUCAAAAUUUAUAGAAAAACCGCAAAAUUCUAAUUUAUGGAGAAUUUCUUGCAGCUGCAUGAUCUUAAUUUGUCUGUUUCUGUUUCUUUUUAAGUUGUUUUUCGUGGUCACGUUUAUUUUAUUUUUUUCUUUUUAAUGUGAGCACGUAGCACAGUUAGUAUACGACUGUUUCAAGGUAUCACAAAGUAACAAAGUAUUUUCCGGUUCUUUCUUUUAUUGACAGAUAUGGUGUCCAAGGUUAGUGCAUUUGUGAGAAAGAAUUAUGACUAAUUAUUUACGCAUUAAUUUCUCAUUAGUUGACGUUUCAAAAUCGAUCACCGUAAACCACAAAUCGCUCAAACUCGAACUAAUAGUUUCUGGGGUAUGUCGGUUUACCACGCAGCAAUCGGGAAUGUAUGGAUUCCUUCAGAAACUGUCGAGAUGAUUAUGGAUAAAAAAUUCCAGUUACUAGUUGGUCGGAAAAAACAGCAGCUUUAUAAUUCGUUCUAUUUCAAAGCGUUCAGUUGAAUAAGAUUGAUCAAAGAACUGCCACGCCCUUUGGUAAAGACCUAGAGAGGUAGAGACGCAUAGACCUGUACGAAUCGUUAACUAAUUAACUCUGUCUUCUUUUGAAAGAAAAACUGUCUGGUUUUUAAAGCGUGGAAAUCAGUUUUUCGGUUCUACGAGGGUGAAACACACUCACCGUGUUUCGAUUUCAGCGCAUUAAGUCAUGCAAGAAUCAUAGAUUGUACUAGAAGGUGCAUGGUAGAGUGAAAUAAGAUAUUCGCGAGUUCUACUUUCGGCUCUUGACGUUAUAUUUGUAUUGUUGCUUUCUUGCUUUCUCCAGUCAGCAAACUACUGUCGAACCACACCUUCUGACAACAUUGGCCUAAUGAUGCUGUGCGAGGUUGCUUUAGGAAAUAUGUAAGUUUCCAAUAAUACUAUCGGUAUUGAGAAAUGUAGAGAAAAGAAUCUAAGCAUUUUGUUGAAGUAAAACAUUGUCUUCUCACCCACAGGCACGAAUUAACCGGGGCAAGCUACAUAUCAAAACCUCCCAAAGGGAAGCACAGCGUUAAAGGUUCGUGAAAUCCACUGGCACAUUUGCCCCGAACAGUUUUUUCUGUUUUUUUUUGUUUUUUUUAAUCACAAACAAGUAGGACAUUUUCCGGCUACUAGCUGCAUGACUACAAAACGUUUAGCUGCAUCCCCAUUCGUUGAAACGCAACGUCUACUUUGUCGAACUACAUUCUUGUUCUUAACGGAGCCUUUAUCUUGUGCUUAUCGUAAGUUUUGCGUGGAACGGGUGGCAUCGUUUCUCGGGCUGCUUGCCAGCCCAUAGCAAUGGUUGUUUGUUUUUCCGCGCCGGACUCUGUGUGCAUUUUCUUGUUUAGCACCUGUUGCAUCUUUUCCCGCGCUUUACUUCACUUACCUCCUUUUAGCUCGAAACUGGUUGCGUCUUUUUCACCGGUUUAAGCUCCUUGCAUCUUUUCCUACGCGUGGCGCCGGUUACGUCUUUUCCCACGCUGGAAAAUACUUGCAUCAUUUUCCGCGCUCAAUGGCGUUCUUUCUUUUCCCGCGCCAGACCCGACUUGCAUCCUCUCCCGGGCUUAACGCCGGUUCAGUCUUUCCCGUAUUUGACCCAAGUUGCAUUCUUUAUCGCUCUUUGUCCGGUUCCUUUUUUUCCCGCGCUUGAACCAACUUGCAUCCUCUUUCGCGGUUGACGCUGGUUCUGUUUUUUUCCCGCGUUUGAACCAACUUGCAUCCUCUUACGCGGUUGACGCCGGCUGCGUCUUUUCCCGCUCUUAACGUUGCAUGCAUCUUAUUCCGCGCUUAACACUGAUCGAGAAGUUUGCACCAGUUACAAUUGCGGUGGACCAGUUUAAGUUCGACGUUCUCUUUCUUCUGGCCAAAUGGGAUAAUACAGGCUUCUCGUGGAGAAAUAGAUCCUUCCUAAGUCGUUGAAACGUUCACCGCCGAAAACAGGAACAUUUUAUUUUUAGGGUGCGGUAAGACUGGACCCGACCCUUCUGCGGACGUCACCUUAGAGGAUGGCACGAUUGUUCCCGUUGGCAAAGGAUGUAACACAAAUUUUAACGACUCCAGCCUCCUCUACAAUGAGUAUCCUUUUAUCUUCAAGGUAAAAAUUGGAAUUAGAGCUAUUUGGAUUGAGUGGCGCAAAGCCAAAAACAAAAUAAAAAGAGACUGACCCAGUCGCCUUUGGUUUUCGUUUUGCAUGUGAUUGAUUGAGAGGAUGGUACGAGUUAUAUGGACCAAUCACUGAGCGAAAUAGGAAAAAACAAUGCAAUCCACGUUUACAUUCUACAUUCAAUUGCUCAUGGUUGCCACAGGUUAGGUAAAAGUCAGGGAAAAAUACAAUUUUUCAAGGUCAGGAAAAUUCAGGAAAUUUCACUUCGAGUCAGAGAAAAUUGACACAAUUCAAAUAAAUCAAGAAAAAAUAGAAAUUUCAAGCAAAUUUUAAGUCUUUCAUCAUGUCUUGAGCCUCUUCAUAAAGAAAGAUGGAGAAACUUUUUAUUUCUAUGAUGUCCAUGUUACGAUCCUUAACCUGAUGUUAGGUAUAUCGUGUACGAUGUUGGUCAAAUUAACAUCAAAUAUCUGCUCAAGUUAAACUUCAAGUACAAAUACGGAUGGUGAAUUUAACGUGUUGGUUUACCCUGCCUCUAAUAUAAGGGAAAAGAUUUAAGAAAAUACUUAAAAUUACUAAACUUGUUUUAAAUGAAUUAGAAGAAGUUAGUUAAGUUACUGUUCAAGUGCCACACUAGAGCUUGUUAGUUAUUGGUAAGGUAAGUGUUUCUUAACCCUGCAACUCCCAGAAGUGAUCUUUAAGUUCUCCCUAUGAUAUAACAGGUAAUGAGAAUACUCUAAGUUAUCAGAGAGAAGUUGUUAUCUUGAUCUAACAACAAAUUCUCGCAACUUAUUUAUAAGGAAAUGUGAAGUAGCUCGAGGGGAGAAUCAAUAAUCAGAUCUUGGGAACUGAAGAGUUAACCCUUUAACUCCCAUUAGUGACCAAGACACAAUUUCUCUUUACAAUGUCAAUACAAUAUCAAGCAGACAAGUGAUGAGAAUAAAGAAAAAUAGAAAUUUAGGAAUAGAAGUUGAUCCAAUACCACAUUCUCCAAACCAACAUCACUAGAACUGUAUGGCAGACAGUAAGGAGAAUUACUAAUGAGAUCUAGGGAGUGAAAGGGUUAACAAAUUGCCAUCAACGGUCAUGCGUUAGGUUUCAUUAGAGGGAAUUGGGAUUCGUAUGGUAAAUUGUUGCUGUUUUUAGUGUUUUGCUUUUGUCUUCUUUU